CCCCUGUGAAUCACACCAGGCAGACCAGGCCUGGCCAGGCCCGUGAUUUGUGAGUUAAUGACCGUCAACAAUUCUCACCCGGAAACGCUUUUCCCACACAGUCCGUGGGCGAGAUAUAGAGUGGCGCGCGUCACAUUUCGGUCGUUCAUCAUUAUUUUGACAUCAACCCGGAAAAAAAGUUGAAAGAGCCCGUCACGUACGCCAGUCAGUAAGAUAAAACCAACACGGUUCCUGGGCCUGGUCUAUAUAACGAGCGGACUGUUCCAGAGCCGUGGUCUUUCAGAUGUUGAAUCCUGGUUACGCACUCGUAAUUGCUGGUUGUGCCGGGAAGGUAUAGCGAAUAUCAGUUGAUGGUGAACAGCGAACUAGUACAACAAGAUUCGCCAUGCGUGGAGUUCUCGUCACCGUACUCACACUAGCGGUGUUGGCGGUGCCAGCCCGGGCACAGUAUUGCUCCGAGCGGCCCGGGGGCUGCUGCCCCGGCCGUGAUGAUACGUGCACCGCCCCCAUGGCAGACACGUUCUGCUACUGUGACGCGUUUUGUCUUCGCUCGAAAGCUCCGGAUUGCUGCCCGGAUGUCUUCAACAACUGCACGGCUCUGCCGACCGAGAGAUCCCCGCUGACUGCUAACCCUCUCGAAGGCGGCUGUGUCUAUAAAGGCAGGAAUUACCUCGCCGGAGAAUCGUUGAAAAUCAACUGCAACACAUGCACCUGUUAUCUAAAUGCGAAUGGCUACGAGUUGCAAUGCGAGAACGACACUUGCCUCAUUCGGGAGGAGAUUAUCACGUCUGUCAACUCGGCACCUAACGGAUGGCGAGCCAGUAACUACAGCUUUCUGUGGGGUAUGACCCUCGAGGAAGGCAUACAGCGCCGUCUGGGAACCCUGAAACCCGGGCGAGCUGUGGCCGCCAUGACGGAGAUCGACAUAGAGCAGACGAAUCAACUACCGGAAAGCUUCGAUUCCCGCCAGAAAUGGCCAGGCUGGAUAGAGGGCGUCAUGGACCAGGGGGAUUGUGGGAGUUCCUGGGCAAUCUCGACAAUAACUGUCGCAUCUGAUCGCCUGGCCAUCCAGUCCAUGGGCCACAUGAGGGCGCCCCUCUCCCCUCAGAAUCUUCUCUCUUGCAACACUCGCGGUCAGAGAGGUUGCGAUGGCGGGCAUUUGGACCGCGCCUGGUACUACAUGCGUAGAUACGGGGUUGUAACCGACCAUUGCUACCCGUACCGGAGCGGCAUAGACGAGGCUUCCAAAAUGAACAAAUACACGUGUGUGCUGCCGCGUCAUCAGACGUCACCGUGCCCAAACCAUGACGUCACUUCCGGAAAGUAUCACGUGAGCCCUCCCUACAGGAUAUCUGUAAAGGAAGAAGAUGUCAAAGAGGAGCUUUUUCGAAACGGCCCCUUGCAAGCCACUAUGUUGGUGAAGGCAGAUUUCUACUCGUAUGCCGGAGGGGUGUACAAGUACACCCGUGGCUCCGUCAAGGAAUCCUCCCAGCAUAGACGGAAGGGUUAUCAUUCAGUCAGGGUUCUCGGCUGGGGAGUAGACCGAACCGAUCCAGAUAACCCCAUACCAUACUGGCUUUGCGCCAACUCCUGGGGCAGCCAGUGGGGUGAGGAGGGCUACUUUCGCAUCCUCCGAGGACAGAACGAGUGCGAGAUUGAAUCCUUCGUCCUCGGCGUCUGGGCGGACGUCGAUAUGAGAAUGAUGCAAGGUUGAAGUCAGGGUACUGAGAACGAGGUUCAGGUUCUACUGAAAAUGUCAUGGUCAAUAAUUAGUUGUUUUGAUUAUUUAAACUCAGUACUUUCAGCCGAAAUCGCUCUUUCAAAGAAAAAAAAUAAGCUUUCAAGAAAACUUUGUAUUUCAAGGAUCUAACAAAAACAUCCAUGUUUUUGAUGACAUGAUACUUCUUCUUGUCUCCAUUUUUCCUCUAACCUAUGUGAGGUCACCUUUAUCAGCGUUAUUAAGUCUCCAUGUCAUUUUAGGAAACAUUUGUAAAGUAACUGACAAGUUUGGUUUUUCAACGGUGGCCAUAAUGUUGUUUUCUUUUAUCAAGAAUACAUCAAUAUUGAGUUCUGCAUUUUAGGGCACUUUACUUGCAACACGACCUUUAACGAUUCAACUCUGUCUGUCUGUGUUUGAAACGCUCAUAUACUUUCUUUAGGGUUAACCUUUCAUCUUUUUGUAAAUAUUAAAACUAAUCUUCUUUUUAUUUGUAUAAAAGCAGCAGUAUAGUGUAACCACAGUGUUGUGUUUUAGAGAGUGUAUAAUCGUCAGGCAUUUAGACUAUUUUACACAUUUAGAGUUUAUUUUGUUAACAAAACAAAUACGAUAUGCACCAAGUGCUAGACAAACUUAUUUUAAAUAUUUUUUAUCAUGAAGGUGGGUGAGUGAACAAUCAAAAGAAAUUAGUGCUGGAAGGGAGUAAACCGAAUAAUCGUGGAAAAUCUACAGGUGUAUGCUCAUUACCUUAUGUUAUGAUCAUUUAAAUUUCGUGUAUUAAGCAAACAAACAAACGCAAAUUCUUUCAAUAUUCAGGCCGUAACAGGAUUCUAAGAAAACUGUUCCAUUAGACACCUUUUUAUUUGUUUUGUAACAUUAUGCUAAUUAUUUCAGCUUGGCUAUAUUUAGGUUUUAAUCUCGUGUUUUGUGGUUUGAUCUUAAACACUUAUCACACCAGCUAACUAUUAUUAACAGUCAUUUACUUAACAUUUAUUUUGGCAAGAUUCUUGGCUUAUGUGGUAAAAAAUAAGUGCUAAAGUUGUUUGAUAUCUUUCUUGUAGAUCAGCAAUCUCUCGGGUCGAGUUCUCGGUACUUCGUAAGCAGGUCAGCAAGAAUCUCCUUUUUCUGAAAAAAAAAUAAUUUAAAUUGAAGGACGUCAUUUUUUCCUACACUUGGAUUUUUCAACUUUUUAUGUUAAUAUGUUUUUAAAAGGUUUCCGAAGACAGUGUAACCAUUAAUAACUUUUGACAUUAAAGCUCAUGUGUAUUGUU